AUGUCAGACCCUAUUCCAUCAGCAACGGCUGACCCAGACAACGUCGACCAACCUCACCCCACAAAUGCCGAAGACCGCAAAGCCGCUGCCGCCCUUUCCUCUCUCCAUACAAAUGAAAUCAGCUCGGGGACCUCCUCCGCAAAGGCAAAUUUCGCCAACCAAGAAGCUCUGGGGAAGGCGAUGAGUCGACUGGAAAUUUCUGGUGGACAGGAAGCCACUAAGAAGGGGACUGGGCAGGCACAGAAGGUCGAUGGCGUUGCAAGGAAGCAGGUUGUCAAGGUUGCAGCGGCUGAUGUUGCACUGUUGGUGGAUCAGCUGGAACUGACUAAGACCAAGGCUACAGAGCUGUUGAAGGCUCAUGAUGGUGAUGCUGUUAAGGCGAUGACGGCGUUCAUUACACCUGGUAUUCGAACUUAA